UUCUGUUGAUGGGAGAUGCAGAUGGUAUUUGAUUUUGUGUGCUUAAAUAUUUACGCGAUUCCUUUUCUACCAGCUAAAGGAACUCUCAGUGAAGAUACUAUUAGGGUGUUUCUGCAUCAGAUCGCAGCUGCCAUGCGGAUUCUGCACAGCAAAGGAAUAAUCCACAGGGAUCUCAAACCCCAGAACAUCUUGCUGUCAUAUGCGAAUCGCAGAAAAUCCACCAUCAGUAGUAUUCAUCAAAAACUAGCGGAUUUUGGGUUUGCCCGUUACCUGCAGAGUAACAUGAUGGCUGCAACACUGUGUGGGUCCCCAAUGUACAUGGCUCCUGAAGUUAUUAUGUCUCAACAUUAUGAUGCUAAGGCAGACCUGUGGAGCAUAGGAACGGUGAUAUAUCAAUGCCUAGUUGGAAAACCACCUUUUCAGGCCAAUAGUCCUCAAGACUUCAGGAUGUUUUAUGAAAAAAACAGGAGCUUAAUGCCUAGUAUUCCCAGAGAAACAUCACCUUACUUGGCUAAUCUCCUCUUGGGUUUGCUUCAGAGAAACCAGAAAGAUAGAAUGGACUUUGAAGCAUUUUUUAGCCAUCCUUUUCUUGAACAAGUUCCAGUGAAAAAAUCCUGCCCAGUUCCAGUGCUGUAUGCUGGCUCCAUCUCUGGGAGCUCCUGUGGCAGCUCUCCAUCCUGUCGCUUUGCCUCUCCACCAUCCCUUCCAGAUAUGCAGCAUAUUCAGGAAGAAAACUUAUCCUCCCCACCAUUGGGUCCUCCCAACUAUCUACAAGUGUCCAAAGAUUCUGCCAGUACUAGUAGCAAGAACUCUUCUUGUGACACGGAUGACUUUGUUUUGGUUCCACACAACAUCUCGUCAGACCACUCAUGCAUCAUGCCAGGUGGGGGAGCCAGGGACAAGGCUGCAGGAGAAGCACUUGUUUGUUCAUGUCAGUGUCAGCCCACUGUGUCGCCUCACAGUGAGACAGCACCAAUUCCAGUUCCUACUCAGAUAAGGAAUUAUCAGCGCAUAGAGCAGAAUCUUACAUCUCCUGCCAGCUCUGGCACAAAUAUACAUGGUUCUCCAAGAUCUGCAGUGGUACGAAGGUCCAACACCAGCCCACUGGGCUUCCUCCGGCUGGGAUCCUGCUCCCCGGCGCCCGCAGACACAGUGCAGACAGUCGGACGAAGACUCUCCACUGGGUCUUCCAGGCCUUACUCACCUUCCCCUUUGGUUGGGACCAUUCCGGAGCAGCUGAGUCAGUGCUGCUGUGGGCAUCCUCAGGGUCACGAAUCCAGGAGUAGAAACUCAUCAAGUUCCCCAGUGCCACCGGCUCCGUCACCACAGUCUCUCCUGUCGGGUGCUAGGCUGCAGAGUGCCCCGACCCUCACCGACAUCUACCAGAACAAGCAGAAACUCAGAAAGCAGCACUCGGACCCCGUGUGCCCGUCCCACGCCGGGGUUGGGUACAGCUACUCACCUCAGCCCAGUCGGCCCGGCAGCCUCGGAACCUCUCCCACCAAGCACACGGGGUCCUCUCCUCGCAGUUCGGACUGGUUCUUUAAAACUCCUUUACCAACCAUCAUUGGCUCUCCUACUAAGACCACGGCUCCUUUCAAAAUACCUAAAACGCAAGCGUCUUCCAACCUGCUAGCCUUGGUGACUCGCCACGGGCCCUCUGAAGGGCAGACUAAAGACGGGAGUGACCCACGGGAGUGCCCUCAUUGUCUCCUGGCUCAAGGCGGCGAGAGGCAGAAGCCUGAGCAGCAGAACAAAACGGUGUUUGGCAGAUCUGUCAGUGCUGGGAAAUUAUCAGACCAACAAGCGAAGAUACCUUUAGGUGGACAUCAGGGCAGCACGGACAGUUUAAAUACAGAACGACCAAUGGAUAUAGCCCCUGCAGGAGCUUGUGGUGGUGGACUGGCACCUCCUAUAGGAACAGCAGCAAGUUCCAGAGCUGUCCUGUUCACUGUAGGAUCUCCUCCACACAGUGCCACGGCCCCCACUUGUACCCAUAUGGUCCUUCGAACAAGAACAACCUCAGCCGGCUCCAGCAGCCCCGGGGGCUCCCUGUGCUCUGCCAGCAGCCGCGUGUGUGUGGGCUCCCCGCCGGGGCCCGGUUGGGGAGCUUCCCCUCCAGGAGCCGAGGCUGCUCCCAGCCUGAGAUACAUGCCCUAUGGUGCUUCACCCCCAAGCCUGGAGGGGCUCGUCACCUUUGAAGCCCCGGAGCUGCCGGAGGAGACACUGAUGGAGAGAGAACACACAGACACCUUACGCCACCUCAACGUGAUGCUGAUGUUCACGGAGUGCGUGCUGGACCUGACGGCCGUGCGGGGCAGCCACCCGGAGCUGUGCACAUCCGCUGUCUCCUUGUACCUCCAGGAGAGUGUGGUCGUGGACCAGAUCAGCCAGCUGAGCCAAGACUGGGGGCGCGUGGAGCAGCUGGUGUUAUACAUGAAAGCCGCACAGCUCUUAGCAGCCUCUCUGCAUCUCGCCAAAGCCCAGAUCAAGUCCGGGAAGCUGAGCCCGUCCACAGCUGUGAAACAAGUUGUUAAAAAUCUGAAUGAACGAUACAAAUUCUGCAUCACCAUGUGCAAGAAACUUACAGAAAAGCUGAAUCGCUUCUUCUACAAACAGAGAUUUAUUGAUGAAAUCAACAGCGUGACUGCAGAGAAACUCAUCUAUACUUGUGCUGUAGAAAUGGUUCAGUCUGCCGCCCUGGAUGAGAUGUUUCAGCAGACCGAAGACAUCGUUUAUCGCUACCAUAAGGCAGCCCUUCUUCUGGAAGGCCUCACUAAGAUUCUCCAGGACCCUGCCGACAUCGAAAAUGUACAUAAAUAUAAAACUAGUAUUGAAAGAAGAUUGUCAGCACUCUGUUGUAGCUCCGCGACCCUGUGAGCAGCUGCAGGCUCGUCCCUGGACCAGCAGUGGGACUGAGAAGAGAGGUUUGGGAUGACAGCUUGGGUUCUGGGUUUCCCCAGCCCCAGGAAACCCUAGUCUCCCACCUGGUGACUACCAAAGAACAAGCAUGACUUCAAAAAGGAAAACCACCCAAAAAAACUACAGACUUGUAGGAAAUCUGCCUUAUUGGAGGCGUCAGCCCUUCCCUUUUCUCUGUAGAAGCAGAAGCAGAAGUAUUCCACUUGGCUCUCAGUUUUGACGGGGUCAAUAAAUGGACCUUAGAAAUAGAAUGAUCAGUGCAGUUAUUCCUAAGGAUAAUUAAGAAGGGAACAAAGUAGGUGGCUCUAUACUCAGUUCACCAGGGCAGUGUGUGAAAUUCCACGUGUUUACUGAGGUAUAAAGUAAAUAAAAUAAAAUAAAAUAAAA